AUGUCCAAGAAGCAGAAGGGGGGGGCCAGAAGGACACAAGUUCCUGAGGUGGAUGAGGAAGUGCCCUGGCAGACCUUCACACUGGAGUUCAAGUACUCAACCCUGAAGAGGGUGUUUGUUGAAGUGCUGAAGCAAUUCCCUGGCCUGAAGGACAGGUUCCCUGUCAGCCAACAAGGGAAUGCUGCCAAGGCAUUUGCAGAUGGCAUUUUGGUUGUCUGCAACCAUGCCAGGAGGAUUGGCAGAGAUGAGGGCAGACUGGCUGAGGCUUGCUCCAAACUCACAAGUUUCCAAGCUAAAAAGCUGGAAGAGAUAGCAGGGUUGCUGAAAAAAGAUGAGCAGCCUGCAAAAAGGUUUGGAGAAGAUAAGGAAGAAGCCACCCCAGUAAAGAAGAAGAAGAAGAAUGAAGAAGAGAAGAAGGGUGUAAGCCCUGGCACAGCAGCACUGUUGGAAGAGUUCCAGAUCCCUUCCACUCAAGAGGGGGAAUCAGAAGAUGAAGGCCUGCUGGCUUCUGCCAGGAAAAGCAAGCCAAUCCCUGUGAGGAAAGCUCUGCUGAAAGCUGAAGUAGCCAAGAAAAGGCCUGCUGCAUGCAAGAAACCAGCUGCUGCCUGCAAGAAACCAGCUGCUGCCAAGGCCCCUGGAACUGGCAAACUUGGCGAUGAGCAGUCAGUGACACAGCCUUUGAUCCUCAUGCCCUACAAGAAAGUGGGGAGCUGUGCUGUGAGGAUCAGAGGGGGCCAGCAGAUACUGCAAGUGAAGAGUCACAAGGGCUUGGAGCAGAGCAAGAAGAUUGCAGCAGAGCUGAAGAAGAUGUUGGAGGAUGGCAAGACUUUGGGUGAAGUGAAGGCCCAAAGCUUGGCAGGUAGCAGCCAGCCCAAGGGAGUAGCUGAAGCCAUGGACCCUGCUGGGAAGGGCAAGAAGGGUGAGAAGGGCAACAAGGGAGGGUGGACAGAGAACUGGGCAGGAAAAGGAAUGCCUCCAGGAGUGAUGAAGCUGGACUUCGAGUCAACCCGCAUGUACCUGAUUCGAGUCAAGCAGCAGGUGGCAGAAGGAAUGGCAGACCAGGACUUCUACGAGGUGAUGGUGGAGAGGAUGCUUGAGGAGCCAUGGGAGGAGCCCCUGCCCCAGAAGGAGGAGGAGGAGGAGAAGCAUGGCCUAAUGCUCCCUGGAACAACCCAGCCCCACAUGGAGGAAAAGGGAAGAGUGAGGCUGCAAGUGGGGAUGGAGGAGGAAAAGGGAAGAGUGAUAUUGGAGGAUCUGGAGGAGGAAAAGGCAGUGAAGGAUCUGCAGCACCUGCAGCCCCACAUGCAGGAGGAGGAGGAGGAGGAAAAGGCAAGAGUGAAGGAGAUGGAUCUGCACCAGCUGGAGGAGGAGGAGGAAAAGGCAACAGUGAGGGAGAUGGAGCUGCACCACAUGAAGGAGGAGGAGGAAAAGGCAAGAGUGGGGGAGAUGGAGCUGCACCAGCUGCAGCCCCACAUGGAGGAGGAGGGGGAGGAGGAAAAGGCAAGAGUUGGGGAGAUGGAGCUGCACCAGCUGCAGCCCCACAUGGAGGAGGAGCUUCAUCUUCAGCAGGUGGUGGAGCAGGAGGAUGGGAUGGAAGCUGGGAUGGCUGGAGCGAUUGGGGCUGGCAAGGAGGAUGGGAAGGCUGGGAAGAUGGCAGCUGGCAUGGUGGAGCAGGUGGUGGAGCAGGACUGGGAAGGGGGCGACAGAGAAUUCUGGGAAGCCCUAGUCUUCAUGGAUCUGGACUAUGUGAUGAUCCACUGCAGGGAUUGCCAGAGGAUCAGCUAUGUCACAAAGAAGAGAGCUGGAUGCACAUCCUACAGAGGCAGGAUGAAGACUAUGGAUCUCAUUCGCAAUGUGAGGCCUGCAGCUUCCUUGCAAAGGCCUGCUUCCAAGCAGGAGGAGCAGGAAGCUGAGCCAGAGGAGCCUGAGCAUGUUCCUUUGACUGCUCAGGCAGUCAAAGACCACAACAAGUUUUGUGAGGAGGCUCAAGGCAUGAGUGUUGGCCAGUUUGAGAAAGCCUUGUCCUGUCUGGAUGGUGCUGCAAGCCAAAGGCUUUGGAAAGCUUUCGAAAAGUCCAGGAAGUCUUCUGGAGAACAGGAGAAAUACCUGGAGGCCACCACCAGUGCCAAGGAAGGAAGCUUGGCCAAGAAGAGAAAGCUUCUGUUUGGAUGGGUCUGUGAUGGCAAAGAGACAGGAGAGCACUACAAGUCCAUGGUGGAGACUGUCUCCCUGAAGAAGUCUGAGGGUGUCACCAGCACUUGGCUGACAAAGAACCAGGCACUGCAGCACUGGGGCAAAGAAGAGCUACAAGAAAGAGUGGCCUCUGGAAGUAUAGUGGCCAGGAAGGACCCUUCUGACUCCAAGUACUGGCAGUUCAAGGCCAACACUGAGGAGUCUAAGGUGUUUGUGAACAGGGAGAAAGCUGUGUCCUGGGCCAAGAAGGGCAAGAGCAACAACAAGGAGCUGAGCAAACUGCUUCAGACCCAGGGCCUGGAGAAGCUGACUGAGAAAGAGUUCACUGAGAAAAAAGAGAAGAAGGAGAAUAAGAAGGACAAGUGGGAGGAGAUAUCCCAGGUAUGUGAAGAUGAGAGCCAAAGUCAGCUGCAAAGCAGACUGAUGAGCUUCAAGGUGGAGCUGAUCAAGGACUUGGCAGUGUUGGAUGGCUACACCCAUGAGAAGGGCCUGGCAAAGUCCUUGCUCAAGGAGGCUGUGCAGGAACACAAACGAGGGCAAGCUGUUGUGUCCCUGCUGGCCAAGCUGCACAAGAGCAAAGCCAAGAAGAAAGAAGCAAAGCCAGCCCUCCAGACAGCCCUGACAACUCUGAGGGCCUUGAAGGCCAAGAAGCUCCAAGUGGCCAAAGCCUUGAAGGUCAAAGUUAAGUUGGGCUGGACAGCCCCUGCCAAGGUUAAGUUGGGCUGGACAGAGGUCGCUUCAGCUGCAGUGAAGAGUGGUGCUGACAAUGCAGAGAUGAGAGCCCUGCAAGGAUUAGGAGGUAUGGGGCAUGCAAGAGGAAAUGUUCACAGGGACUUGGUGAGAAAAUAUUUCUCACUGCCGCUGUCCCCAGAGCCAUGGGAAAUCCAAUGCCCCUUGGCUGUGAAGCAAGGGGGGCACAGGAUUGAGAAGGAAGCAUCUACUCACAUGUUGCUGCCCCAUCUUUGGGUGAUUGAGGCCCAGGAGAACAACUUCUUGGGUAACCUGUGCUGCAAGGAUGAGGAGAUUGCUGCCUUUUGGAAGAGUCAAAUGAAGAGCCCCCAAAUGACACCUGAGCUGAAACAAGUGAUAAAGACUUCACAGCCAAGCCAGCUCCCAGUACCAUACCUCUUGCAUGGAGAUGCAGCACCCUUCACAGAAGUGGACAGUAUCCAAGUCCUGAGCUUCAGGUGCCUGCUCUCCAGCAAAGCAGUGACCCAAAGCCAGAUGCUCAUCUCUGCCCUGCCAAAGCUGGCCAUGACCAAGGAGACCUGCAAGAGGAUGAUGGAAGUUUUGGCUUGGUCUUGGCAAGUGCUAUGGGAUGGAGUGGUGCCCAAAAAGGAUAAGGCUGGGGACCCCAUUGAGAAGCACAGAGGUAAGAGGAUGAGAAAGGGGGUGCUGUGGUCAGUGAGUGGAGAUUUGGAAUGGUUUGCAUCAGAAUUUGGCUUUCCAUAUUCUGCAGCCAAUAUGCUUUGCCCCUUCUGCCUGGCAGAUCAAUUCAAGGAGGGGAGCCCCAGACCUUUCACAGACUUCAGGGCCACAGCAGCCUGGAGACAGACUACUCUACCUCCAGCCAAACUUCAGAAGAAAUUUGCAGGUCACCCACUUUUUAGAGGAGGAGGAGGAGCUCCACAUGCAUCAGCUUUGAGCAUUAAGUUGGAUAUACUACAUGUGCUUGACCUGGGAGUGGCAGCCUAUGCCCAUGGCUCCUUGCUGCUAGCCAACUUGAACCAAAAAGUGGUGGAGGCCUAUGACAAGGUUGGGCUGGAAGCCCAAAAGAGGAUGAAGCACUUGUCUUUGUCAGACCUAGCAGAAACUGCAGAAGAAUACCCCUGCCUGAAACAUGUCAAAGGAGCAAAAAUUCGCUACUUUGCCCCUGCAGCCUUCGAGUUGGCCAAGGAGUUCAAUGAGACCAAGAGUGGGAAGCACAGAGAAGCACUGGCUAAGCAGUUGGUGAAAGUGUACAAGAUUCUUGGAAGCAGUUGGGAGGAUUGGGACUUUGAAGCUUUCAAGAAAGCAGUGGACGACUUCAUGGCCCACUACAGCUGGCUGGCAGCCAAUGCAUUGCAUGAAGGCUUGCACCUCUGGAGUUUAGUUCAGAAAUCCCAUGUUUUGCUUCACCUGGCAGAGCAGAGCAAAUUCAUGCACCCCUGCCUGAAUUGGACAUAUGGGAGUGAAUCCUUCAUGGGCUGGACAGUCCAAAUCGCCUCCAGCUGCACAAGUGGCACUCCAGCUGAGAAGCUUCCUUUGAAAGUCUUGCAAAAAUUCAGGCUUGUGUUUCACCUGUACCUGAAAGGGUACAUUUCUUUAGAUGAAGAUGUCGAUGAUAACAGAUGA